CGGGGACCCCCCGCCCCACCCCCUUUUCGGAUUGUGCCCAGCAGGGGGCAGCAGCACGUGGCCCACAGGCGCACCACGCCCCCGACGCGGUCCCAGCCCAGGACGUUACAUCAGCGGGGCUGGUUUCCUGCGCUGGGAGCCGGGUCACUGGGCUGGGGCCGGGGUUCCGUGGCUCAGACGGCGCAGGGCAGCGAGAGGCGGAGCCCCCAUGGACAGCCAGGGCCGCAGGGUGGUGGUGUGCGACAAUGGCACGGGGUUCGUUAAGUGCGGCUUUGCCGGCUCCAACUUCCCUGAGCACAUCUUCCCCGCACUGGUCGGGCGCCCCAUCAUCCGCUCCACCGCUCGCGUGGGCAACAUCGAGAUCAAGGACCUGAUGGUAGGGGAUGAGGCCAGCGAGCUGCGCUCCAUGCUGGAGGUGAACUACCCCAUGGAGAACGGCAUCGUGCGCAACUGGGACGACAUGAAGUACCUGUGGGACUACACCUUCGGGCCCGAGAAACUCAACGUCGACCCCCGCAGCUGUAAGAUCCUGCUCACCGAGCCCCCCAUGAACCCCACCAAGAACCGCGAGAAGAUCAUCGAGGUGAUGUUCGAGACGUACCAGUUCGAAGGCGUGUAUAUCGCCAUCCAGGCCGUGCUGACUCUCUACGCCCAGGGCCUGCUGACUGGGGUGGUGGUGGAUUCUGGGGACGGUGUGACCCACAUCUGCCCUGUCUACGAGGGCUUCUCCCUGCCCCACCUCACUCGGCGGUUGGACAUCGCGGGACGGGACAUCACCCGCUACCUCAUCAAGCUCCUGUUGCUGCGGGGUUACGCCUUUAACCACUCUGCGGAUUUCGAGACGGUGCGGAUGAUGAAGGAGAAGCUCUGCUACGUGGGGUACAACAUUGAGCAGGAGCAGAAGCUGGCUCAGGAGACCACAGUGCUGGUGGAGUCCUACAUGCUGCCCGAUGGGCGUGUGAUCAAGGUGGGGGGUGAGCGGUUUGAGGCGCCCGAGGCCCUAUUCCAGCCCCACCUCAUCAAUGUGGAGGGUGUGGGUGUGGCUGAGCUGCUCUUCAACACCAUCCAGGCAGCUGAUAUCGACACCAGGGCAGAGUUCUACAAGCACAUUGUGCUGUCAGGUGGCUCCACCAUGUACCCGGGCCUGCCCUCUCGGCUGGAGCGUGAGAUCAAACAGCUCUACCUGGAGCGGGUGCUCAAGGGCGACGUGGAGAAGCUGUCGAAAUUCAAGAUCCGGAUCGAGGACCCACCUCGGCGGAAGCACAUGGUGUUCCUGGGGGGUGCCGUGUUGGCCGACAUCAUGAAGGACAAGGAUACCUUCUGGCUGCAGCGAGCCGAGUACCUGGAAAAGGGGACCCGCAUCCUGGAGAAGCUGGGGGUCACUGUGAGAUAGGGACACCCCUGUCUCACCCCCUCCCCACUAGCUCAGCUGCCCCAUCUCUUCAUUAACCCUUUCCUCCCUGUCAGUAUCGCCUUGAUUCUGCCUUUCUCGCAGGCUGACCAAUCACAGGGCUUCUUUUGGGAACCUUUUUUCUGGGGGUGGGGGAGAAUAAUCAUAGUGCCAGGGGGUUGCGUCUGGGUGGGGUGGGGAGAGGGAGGGUGUGCCUCUCUCAUAGGCCCAGGGCACUCUCCAUCCCAAUCCCUGGGCUCUGCCCUGGCCACAUCAGUGAUGUCUCCCUUCCUCCUAGGGGCCAAGUGGGCCCCUGCAGCAGCCUGCUAGAGGCAGGAGCGGGUGGGGUUCAGACAAGGCUGUUUCGGGCUGGAUCUCAGGGAGAUGCCCCUGCUGGGGAGGGGUCAAUGAGGCUGGGGAGUCCCCCAUCCCCAAGUCUGGCUAACACCGUGGGGAAUGUGCUGUAGGGACCAGAGGGAGGGGCUAGCUGGGGCCCCCCAUCCCUGUGGGAUUGGCCCUUGGGAAGCAAAUAAGGGGGCAUUGGGGAGGAAAUUUGAGGGGAGGAAUAAAGGGAUCAAUGACACAACAAACUGGAUUGGGGUGGGGCCCCAACUAGCCCCACCCUUUCCCAAGCACAUGGCUGGCCUUAAAGGGUUAUUAACAAGCUUUGCAGGAGCCUGAUUGCAUUGGUGGGGUAGGGGACCUUCUUUCCAUGCCCCCCUCUCUCCACACUGCAAUGCUGGGGUGCAGACAUGGGGGAGUGUUUGCUGGGCCUGGGGCAGGAUUCCCAAGCGACGCAGUCUCUGUAUUGAACAUGGUGGAGGAAAAUCACCCCCGCACACACAGAAACCUGUAAAUGGGUUUUUUACCCUGAUUUUUAAAUUGUUUUUGCUUCUUA